AUGGCUACGGUCAUCGACCUGACCGAAGACGACAUCGACCUGAGCUACCCCGAGCGCUCGCAGAAGUCCCGUGGUCGGCGACAUGGGCCAGAUGUAGCACGACCACGGCCAGUGGUGGUGAUCGGCGAUGAAGAUGUUAUCGAUAUCACCUCGUCCAUCUCCCGUGGCCGGUGCCGUAUCCGCAAGCGCAAGCGCGCACAGGCCGGACAGCCGCAGCCUGCUCAACCUGCAGUCGCCCCCAGUCGGCGAGUCAUUUCGGCCAUCGACGUGCUUGGCGGCGAAGACGCGUUCGAGUUCUUUGCAGGAUCGGCGACGCCGUCGCCUGGGGCUGGUGGUCCUAACGAGGAGUUGGCUGGCGAGCAAGAUCUGCAGCAAGCUCCCAAGCGCCAUCACACGCUCUCAGCCUCGUCACAGCAGCCGUCACCUCUGCCGCAGCCGGUGCCGGUUAUGGUGGGCCAAACGCAGGCCACAGACACCGCUGGCGAGCAAGAGCUGCAGCAAGCUCCCAUGCGCCAUCUCACGCCCUCGGCCUCGUCACAGCAGCCGUCACCUCUACCGCAGCCGGUGCCGGUUAUGGUGGGCCGAACGCAGGCCACAGACACCGCAGCAUUGGUGCUCAAGAACAAGAUCAGGCAAGCCCGUUCGAGGAUGCCGGCCAAGCCGCCGCAGGCGCUGAGCUCGCGGCGCGCUGGGCGGUCAAGCCCGUCGCUCUCCAACUCGAUGCCGAGGCCGCAAGCCGAGAGCACACCGCUGGUCACACGCCCGGACUCGCUGCUUGGCAACAGCCUUCGCCGUAACAUCCUGGCGGCACAGGCCGAGAGCAGGAAGCACCAUGUGGCGCUACAGGCGCGCACGCGAUUGGCCCGCGCCGCCGCUGCCGAGCCGAGCAACGAGAUCACUCCGAUCAAAGGCGGCGGUGCGCUGGCGUCGGCUUUACAGCCGUCAAGGUCCCCUCAAUCCCCGCCGCUCGCGCUGGCCCUCUCACCGCACCCGCUGCCUCCGAACCAACCGCGGCCGGCGCCCCAAGCGCGGCCGUCGCGCAAGAAGCCGUCGCUCAUCUCGCGGCAGCUGGAAAUGUCGAUGGAGAUUACCAUCAACAAGGACCGCGAUCCACUGACCGGUAUUCUCUCACUCGCGUACUUGUUUGACCGAUGCCGGCUCUGGCCUCCGCGUUCGCUAUGGGAGAUGCUGAUGUCGGUGGUGAGCACUGCCGACGCCUCGUUGCCGAGCGGACGCGCUGCGUCGGUCACUGAGCACGCGGUGACAGCCGGCCAGUCUGGGUUCCCCGAGUCGGCACCGGCAGCAGUCGUGCGCAUGUGUGGCGAAGUCCUGCGGCGGAUCACUCUCUCAUGCGAAGCGAACACGCUCCAGUUUGUGUGGCAACCGGAGAACUUUAAGGUUGUGCGCGAGGCGCUCGACACGAUCGCGCGUGGUGGCGCUGACGGGCACCAUGGCAGCGCGGCACUCGUCGGCGUGUGUGCGGUGCAGUAUGUCGCCGACGGCAGCGUGGUCCAUACCACUGAAGUCAGCAACACGCUGUUGCGAGUCGAGUCGUGCAGUCUUUGCGCAAGCAUGCAGGGCGACGACGAGGGGCUGCGGGGAAACAUUGCGGCGAUGGUGGCGGCCGCAGUGGCUGCUGCGGGUUCGCAGGCCGACGUUUGCGACGUGCGCCACGUCUGCGCCAUCGCCCAGCAGGCGCUGGCCUGCGGCAGGGCGCACAGCGAUUUCCGCGAGUUUGACGCGGCCGACGCUGCUAGCCGCGCGUAUGUCGCCCUGCCGCACGACGCGGCAAAGAGUCGUGCGCUGCAAACGCUCAUCCGCGAACUGCCACAGCUGGCGCUGGUGUUGCUCAAUAGGCUCGUACAGGAUCAGUUUGCAUGCGGAAGCACAAGCGCCCAACCCGAGGAUGGGACGCCGUUCCCGCGGCUAGUCCACGCCAUCACGGUCACGCUCCGAUGCGAGCUUUGGCCGGGCACCGAGCCGCGCCCUUACCACCUAGCCCUGCUGUGGCACUACCUGCAGGCGGUAGUCUCCACUGAGAAGAGCUCAGUGACGCGACUGGCGGACAAGUGGCAGACGGCCGCGCAGGAGACGGCGGUUGGGCUCGAAGAGCGGCACGGAUCCAGCUGA